AGGACUGCUGGGGGAGGGGCGCGGGGGCUCGGGGCCCCGGGGCGCUGGGGGUGGGGUGCAGGCGGUUUCGGUCAGUCUGGACCAGGCGCUGUGGGCUCGGGACUUCUGGCCUUGCCCCUAGACGAGGCUGGGGAAGGAUGCUAGGACUCUGGGCCUGCGCGGGGGAGAAGAGGCUGAAGCAGCUUGGGAUGGGCAGUGGGGACCAGGAUGCGGAGAGGGAUGCACAGGGAUCUCUGUCCAAGGAACUCAAAGCACCAUACAGAAGGGAUUUCAGCCUUACUUCCGACCCCAGGGGGCCCCGGAAUUAUUCCCACACGUUUUGAAGAUCGGAGGAACCUGAGAACCGGAAGGACGUUACUUACCUAAGAGGAGCAGGAGACUGGUCAUGCUGACCCAGCGAGUCUUGAUAAGCAUGAAGCUCUUACCCCUAGUGGCCAUGGCCUGGUGUUUGGCCAUCCCCCCAGCAAAGGCUGGCAAGAGCUCUGAAGACAUCCGGUGCAAAUGUAUCUGCCCCCCAUAUCGGAAUAUCAGUGGACACAUUUACAACCAGAAUGUGUCGCAGAAAGACUGUAAUUGCUUACAUGUGGUGGAGCCAAUGCCCGUACCAGGCCAUGACGUAGAGGCUUACUGUUUGCUGUGUGAGUGUAAAUACGAGGAGAGAAGCACCACCACCAUCAAGGUCAUCAUCGUCAUCUAUCUGUCGGUGGUGGGUGCCCUGCUGCUCUACAUGGCCUUCCUCAUGCUGGUGGAUCCUUUGAUCAGAAAGCCAGAUGCCUACACGCAACCACUCCACAACGAGGAAGAGAACGAGGAUGCCCGUUCCCUGGCAGCAGCCUCUGCCCCCCUGACAGGACCUCGAGCUAACACAGUGCUGGAGCGGGUAGAGGGUGCCCAGCAGCGAUGGAAGCUGCAGGUGCAAGAACAGAGGAAGACUGUAUUUGAUCGUCACAAAAUGCUCAGCUAGAUGGGCUGGGUCAGUUAGGCCAAGGACAAGAGGAAGCAAUGAGAGUGGGGAGUCAGGGGCCUGUUUUUUCCCUUCUCCCCAUCUCUUUUCUCUCUCAAUCCUUCCUGUUACAAGCCUGUGGCAUUGCCCUUCUUUUCUACCCACCCUCCUCGUCCCUUCUCCCUUAGACAUGAUGAUCCAAGGAGAGUGAGUCCCACUCCUCAAUACAUCUCAGGACUUUGGAUUUGGGGGGGAGAUAACAGCCCCACAGGAACAAAGACAUUUCCUGAAGUCAUCAGGAUUGGGUAGGAAAUGUCUUCCAGCCUCCUCUGCUUUCCCCAACUUAUCUCCAAAUCCUGGAGAGCUUCAGAACCCCUGGGAGGGGGAAGGAAGGGCAUCCGGAAUGUCUUAGCUUGGAAUGGAAGAAAAGAAACCCUGCCCAGCAUGACCUUGCUCCUGUCUCUUCUGCUGUAGAUUAAAUAAGGCCAUUCCCCACACUCACAUAGACACAGUCAUCCCACUCCACAAUUUCUGUGCCCUCCUAGCUCAGAUCCUGAAGUCACUUCCAUGGGAAAGCUGACUGUUUGGCUGGCAUUGUGACAUUUUAGCCAAGGCCCAGGUUCUGUAGUCGGGGUAUAUAUGCCAAAUAGCUUUCCUGACUUCUUCUACCCUGUGUCCACUUCUUCUCUAGAUGUAGUCCAACAUCCCUAUCUCUUAGUUCCUUUACAGCCAAAAGUCCUAAUGUUGGAGACAAGAUAACUCCAUCUUAACCAACUAAAAAAAACUGAGACCCUUCCCAGCCACCUCCAUUCCCACUGACCACCAGCUGUUUAGUCAAAGGGAGAAGCUAGAUCCUCCAUCAUCCCAGAGUGAGGAGCAAACUCAUUCCUGAGCAUCCCCUAGGAUCCCCACUUGCCCCCAAAGUUUAUUCCCUCAAUGCAUGGAGAGAAGCAUCUAUCCUCACAUCACUUUGCAGUCCUGCCUGUAAGCCAAGGAAAUGAUUAAAUUAUGUCUUAUCUCCCCCUCCA